AUGAAGAGAUAUCAAAAAGUAACAAUUGUAACUAUCGUUACAUUCUUGAUUUGGUUUGUUUUAUUGGUUGAUUAUCUCCAAUUCAACUUGCCAUCAAGUAUCAAGUCUAUACUACCAGCUUUACCAUUAUGGGUAGUCGUUACCUUUGGAGCCUAUUCAUUAGGUUCAAUUUCAUAUAAUUUGUUGAUCAUGAGCGAUUGUAAAGAAGCUUAUGAAAGUUUAUCUGAUGAAAUCAAAGAGGCAAAGAGAAAUUUAAGAUCAAAAGGAAUGACCUUAAAGUCUGAUUAA